AUGGGACUGGGCCAAAGCAUUGCCGUGAUCAGGACGACUGUUGUGCAGGCCCUUGACGCGGUGAUUGCCUCGCAGGAACUGCUACAGCAGCUUGAUGAGGCGGCCGAAGCGGAGGCCGAAGUGGAGUUACUCGAAGAGCUUCGCGUGAGUGUGGCUCUUGAAAAUGCCGAAAAGGAGAAGAACGAUGGCUACGGCGAAACGGACGACAAACCUGCACAUGCCGAAAUCGUCCCGGAUCCGUUUGGCUACAACGCUGCAGCCAGAUCUGCCUGCCAAAAGCUCUUUGCGCGUCCGUGGUGGUCGCGUACUUGGAUCCUCCAGGAAGUCAUCCACCCGCGCGGCGUCGCCGUCCACAUUGGCGACCUUGAGCCCGUAUCCCUGGACGAUCUCUGCCUCGCGGCAGAUAUGUCCGCCCAACUCGAAUGGCGGGCACUUUUCAUGCCUCACCUCGUGCGGCUCACGGACGGGUUCUACGACACCUUCGGUCGCUUCCAGCCUUUCGAGGCCGACGUGACCGACAUCUUCCGCUUUUGGCUGCUGAGCAAGGGCGGCACGUCCCCGCCCGCUAGGACGAUUCGCGACUGGCGCGGGCUCUAG